UUCCUUGAAGGUAGCUGUAACUUGUUUUCUUUAAAACUCUCUUCCUUCCACGUUUGCCUGCCAUGCCCACAGUCAUUAGCCCGUCUGUGGCCCCACAGACAGGGGCAGAGCCCAAGUCCCCGGGGCCGGUUCCCCUCCCGGCCCAGGGCAAGACCACUGAGGCCGGGGGCGCUAACCCAAGUGGCAUCUACUCAGCCAUCAUCAGCCGCAAUUUUCCUAUCAUCGGAGUGAAAGAGAGGACAUUUGAGCAGCUUCAUAAGAAAUGUCUGGAGAAGAAGGUUCUUUAUGUGGAUCCUGAGUUCCCACCAGAUGAGACCUCCCUUUUCUAUAGCCAGAAGUUUCCCAUCCAGUUCGUCUGGAAGAGACCUCCGGAAAUUUGCGAGAAUCCCCGAUUUAUCAUUGGUGGAGCCAACAGAACUGACAUCUGUCAAGGAGAAUUAGGGGACUGCUGGUUUCUCGCAGCCAUUGCUUGCCUGACCCUCCACGAGCACCUGCUUUUCCGAGUCAUACCCCAUGAUCAGAGUUUCAUCGAAAACUACGCAGGGAUCUUCCACUUCCAGUUCUGGCGCUAUGGAGACUGGGUGGACGUGGUUAUCGAUGACUGCCUGCCAACUUACAACGAUCAGCUGGUCUUCACCAAGUCCAACCACCGCAAUGAGUUUUGGAGCGCUCUGCUGGAGAAGGCUUAUGCGAAGCUCCAUGGUUCCUAUGAAGCUCUGAAAGGUGGGAACACGACAGAGGCCAUGGAGGACUUCACAGGAGGGGUCACAGAGUUUUUUGAGAUUAAGGAUGCUCCCAGAGACAUGUACAAGAUCAUGAAGAAAGCCAUCGAGAGAGGCUCCCUCAUGGGCUGCUCCAUUGAUGAUGGCACAAACAUGACCUAUGGAACCUCGCCUUCUGGGCUGAAAAUGGGGGAUUUGAUUGCACGGAUGGUGAGGAAUAUGGAUAACUCGCUGCUCCGCACCACAGGCUCAGAUGACAGACCGACCCGGACCAUUGUUCCGGUUCAGUAUGAGACGAGGAUGGCUUGCGGGCUGGUCCGAGGACAUGCCUACUCCGUCACUGGGCUGGAGGAGGUCAUGUUCAAGGAUGAGAAGGUGAAGCUGGUGCGGCUGCGGAACCCCUGGGGCCAGGUGGAGUGGACCGGCUCCUGGAGUGAUGGUUGGAAGGACUGGAGCUUUGUGGACAAAGAUGAGAAGGCCCGUCUGCAGCAAGAGGUCGCUGAGGAAGGAGAGUUCUGGAUGUCCUAUGAUGAUUUCGUCUACCAUUUCACAAAGCUGGAGAUCUGCAACCUCACCGCUGAUGCCCUGGAGUCCGACAAGCUUCAGACCUGGACGGUGUCCGUGAAUGAGGGCCGCUGGGUGAGGGGCUGCUCUGCUGGCGGCUGCCGCAACUUCCCAGACACUUUCUGGACCAACCCGCAGUACCGCCUGAAGCUCCUGGAGGAGGACGACGACCCCGAGGACUCAGAGGUGAUCUGCAGCUUCCUGGUGGCCCUGAUGCAGAAGAACCGGCGGAAGGACCGGAAGCUGGGGGCCAACCUCUUCACCAUCGGCUUCGCCAUUUACGAGGUUCCCAAAGAGGCUACUGGAGUUGACCAGCAGCACUUCUGGGAUGUUGAAAAUACAAUCUCCGUGGACCGGCCAGUGAAAAAGAAAAAACCCAAGCCCAUCAUCUUCGUUUCGGACAGAGCAAACAGCAACAAGGAACUGAGUGUGGACCAGGAAGCAGAGGAGGGCAAAGACAAAACAGGCCCUGAUAAGCCAGAGAAAUCCCCACAGCCACGGCCUGGCAACACCGACCAGGAAACUGAAGAGCAGCAGCACUUCCAGAACAUUUUCAGGCAAAUAGCGGGCGAUGACAUGGAGGUCUGUGCAGACGAGCUCAAGAAUAUCCUGAACUCAGUUGUGAACAAACAUAAGGACCUGAAGACACAAGGGUUCACGCUGGAGUCCUGCCGUAGCAUGAUUGCUCUCAUGGAUACAGAUGGCUCUGGGAGGCUGAACUUGCAAGAGUUCCAUCACCUCUGGAAGAAGAUCAAAGCCUGGCAGAAAAUUUUCAAGCGCUACGACACAGACCAAUCCGGCACCAUCAACAGCUACGAGAUGCGAAAUGCGGUCAACGAUGCAGGAUUCCACCUCAACAGCCAGCUCUACGACAUCAUUACCAUGAGGUAUGCAGACAAAUACAUGAACAUCGACUUUGACAGCUUCAUCUGCUGCUUCGUCAGGCUGGAGGGCAUGUUCAGAGCUUUUAAUGCAUUUGACAAGGAUGGAGACGGCAUCAUCAAACUCAGCGUUCUAGAGUGGCUGCAGCUCACCAUGUAUUCCUGAACCAAGCUGGCCUCAGCCAAGGCCGUGCGCGAUCACUCAGGAUGUUUCACCCAAUAUAGCUAGAACCACUUACCUCAGAGGUCGCGGUAGCUGCCUCCAGGCGCCCCAGCAGGCCUCCAGGCGCCUCAUCGGUCUUGUUCCUCCUCUACUUCACUACCACUCAGCCUCAGGGCAUCUGUCCAUCUGUCACGCCCAAACUAACCCUUUAGUUAAGGAACUUUGUCCUUUAACUGGUGGCAAGUGUCUGUCUGCCUCAGCUAGUUGUAGCUCAGCGGAGAUUUGCUUGGAACCUGAGCAGCCUCAGCUCUGAAGCAAAUGCUCUCCUUAGCGGCAGUGCCCUGGGCUGUUCACAGAAGCCUUAGCCAAUGGCAAUCAGUACCUCCUGUGCUGGAUCCCUCUACCACCCACUGGACAAUCACCAAACAAGCACUGGUUCUGUCUGAUUAUUUCAGGAUGGGCCUGCUCUGGAGGAAACUAGCUCAGUGACAGAGAGCUGGAUACUGUGGGUUGUGACUCAAGUUUGGCUGCAUUCUGAAAAAAAGUAGAUCUAAAUAAAGGCAGGUUCUAUUGUG